AUGGAAGCAAAUAUCCAGCUCAUGAGUGUCAUCCAGGAAAUGCGGGCGGAGAUCCACAAGCUGGAGAAGGAGAAUCAAGCCCUCCGGAUGAAGCUGAGUUCAAGUGGUCAGAGAACCCCAGGCUCAGGCAGAGAAUCCGGAGAUGAAAAGGAAGAGGAAGUCACAGACCUUGGUAACCCUGGAAAAGCGCCUGGACAACCUCCAGCAGCCCGUCAUGGUGGUGUUUCCACUGACUCGGCCCCGGCUGUGAGGGAACAGCCAGGUAAUGUCAUGAUUGUGAGACGUUAUUCCAUUUCCUCACCAAGUCAUUCAUUAGCUGCAAAUGAUCCGUGGAAAGCUGGGAAGAAACAUCCAAAUUGUGAAACUGUAGAAGCACAAGGAAUAGUGGAAUCAUCAGCAUGUUCUUCAAUUAAGAAGCAAGACAAUGAAGAAAAAAUGUUUGCCCCAGAUUCUUUUACCAGCAGUAGUUCCAGCCAAAGAGCCUUUCCCGAGCAUGUCUUUGGUUUCAGGGACAAGAUAAAGACAGUCAGUUUCCUGUUACCCAAGAACAAGUCUUCAUAUUCCAAAACUUCAAGUUCCUUGAAGUACUCACCAAAUCAGACCACAAACCAGUUAAGUACCAUUACAGAAUAGGAUGUGUAAGGUAGUGAAAUUUAAGAAAGUUAAUUCCUGACAUACGGGAACACCAAGGCCUGGCUGGG